AUGCGACAAAUAAGUACUGCUUCCUUGUACAUCUUAAGUACAACAUGUGUUACAGAGAAGAAAGAAAUCAUAGAGGACUCGUUACACUUGAGAAAUUCAUCCAUAUGGUGGCGUACAUUCACACCAACCGGGGUCCAGUCUGGGAUAACGAGCACAGCCAGGGACACAGAAGGUACACAAGACGAUAAGAAAAAUAAUUAUCACGAACUGGCAACCCACACCGCCUUUGCCGAUGACCACACCUCCCAGUCUGCUUGGCGUCAGAGUUGCAGCAGCUUCGGUGACGGGAAGGUGUUGCCCAAGAUGCUCCUCCUUCAUCUCAGCGUCUUGGCGUUGGUGGCGUCCGCUUCCACAACCGACUUGAGAACUCUUCAACUCCGGCAGUUCAACGCGAACCAGGAUGUCGCUUACAGGUCCAGCAACGCACAAGGCCAAGGCAGUGUGAAGAGUUUCGAAAACUGUGACGACGAUAUAGAAGACCUUCCAAAUGGCGCCAUUCUUUGCGCUUUCAGUGGCUGCCGAAUGACCUGCGACAGAGGCUACCAGGCUAAGAUGCGAGGCCGUAUCUACCUGCUCUGUGACCACAGCACAGGGAAACUGACGUAUAACGGCAAGCCUUGGCGGGAAUCCGUGCCCAGAUGUGUUCGUGAAUAAUACAACCGCAGCUGGCCUUGAUCCCCCUCGUUCUGAAGUGUACCGCUGUUUAACCCAUAAUCCUUUUCUUAUGCUUGUUC